AUGACCCAUUUACAAGCUGGACUUAGUCCAGAGACUAUAGAGAAAGCCCGCCUGGAACUGAAUGAAAACCCAGACAUUUUGCACCAGGAUAUCCAGCAAGUCAGGGACAUGAUCAUCACAAGGCCUGACAUUGGGUUUUUACGUACAGAUGAUGCCUUCAUCUUGAGAUUUCUCCGAGCCAGGAAGUUUCACCAAAUGGAGGCCUUCAGACUGUUGGCUCAGUACUUCCAGUACCGCCAAUUAAAUUUGGAUAUGUUCAAAAAUUUCAAGGCUGAUGAUCCAGGAAUCAAACGGGCUCUGACUGAUGGGUUCCCAGGAGUACUGGAAAAUCGUGACCAUUGUGGCAGGAAGAUUCUUCUGCUUUUUGCAGCCAACUGGGAUCAGAGUAGGAACUCCUUCAUAGAUAUCCUUCGGGCUAUCCUACUGUCCUUGGAAGUGCUCAUCGAAGAUCAGGAGCUUCAGAUAAAUGGCUUCAUUCUAAUUAUAGACUGGAGCAACUUCUCCUUCAAGCAAGCCUCCAAGCUUACACCAUCUAUCCUCAAAUUGGCCAUUGAAGGCUUGCAGGACAGCUUUCCUGCCCGCUUUGGAGGAGUCCAUUUUGUCAACCAGCCCUGGUACAUCCAUGCCCUGUACACGCUAAUCAAACCAUUCCUCAAAGACAAGACAAGGAAAAGGAUCUUUCUUCAUGGCAACAACCUGAACAGCCUUCACCAGCUAAUACACCCGGAAUGCCUGCCCUCAGAGUUCGGGGGGACUCUUCCCCCAUACGACAUGGGGACAUGGGCUCGAACGUUGCUCGGUCCUGACUACAGUGAUGAGAAUGAGUACACUCACACCUCAUACAACGCCAUGCACGUGAAGCACGCAUCCUCCAGCCUGGAGCAGGAGGACUCUCCCAAGCCCAUGAAAAGGUCCCAGUCGGUGGUGGAAGCCGGCACACUGAAGCAUGAAGACUUGGGGGAAAGCGAGAACACCCAGCCACUGCUGGCUCUGGACUAAACCCUACAUGCUAACCGCAGACAUCCAGACCCCACCCACCCAGAAACCACCGAGCACACGAUACGCAUUCACACACGUUUCGCUUGAGAACAAGUCCUUCAUCUUUCUUGAGCGAGUAACAAGAGCCACCAGCCAUCUGCCCAUGCAGCCAACGCUGAACAGCUUUUCUAUUGACACAGGGUGUGAAGGAAGACA